AUGGCAAAUAAUUCAUUGAUGGAUUUUAAAUAUAUCAACUUUUCAUCUGACAUGUUAUUUGAAUAUGAUGGAGACAUAGAAAAUUUGAGAAAGCCAUGGGUACGUAAUGCUCAUUUUGUACCUACGGUAACUAUAUACAGUGUAGCUUUCCUUGUCGGAUUAAUAGGGAAUGCAUUGGUCAUUUUUGCUGUAUUUGGAGACAGAAAGUCUAGAAGUGUUACGAAAAACUUCAUGGUUAGUUUAGCUGUCGCUGAUAUACUUUUUCUUUUGGUGUGUGUUCCUUAUCAAACGGUGGGGUAUACUAUAAAUAACUGGUCGUUAGGAUCCGUUAUAUGUAAACUUGUUGGAUUUGUGGAGAUGUUAACAGCCAUGGCGUCCAUCCUCAAUCUAUCAUCUGUAAGUGUUGAAAGAUUCAUAGUCAUUGUAUUACCUAUGAAAUCUCGUCGAUGGUGUACAGUCGGGAAUACUAAAAAGAUUCUAAUAGCUGUGUGGGUUGUUGCAGUAGCAUUGUCGUCACCAACUUUUAAAUUAAUGGAUACAGAACAUACUUUAUUUCAUAAGAAUGGAACCAUUGUACCAAUAAGUAUGUGUGCAUGUGUAACAGAACUUGAAUCAUCAAAACUGACUUUUUCUGUAUACAAAUUAAUAAUCAUGUUUGCACUCCCUACACAGAUCAUGAUUAUAUGUUACAGCGCGGUUAUAUAUUCAUUAUGGAUUAGUUCAAAACAAUUAACACAGCUUGUUCCAAGUCAAAGAUCGACGAAUCAAUCAAUAGAACGAAUAGCAAUGCGUCAAACAUAUCAUGGGGUGAAUUCAGUGGUACGGAAGUGCAACGUUCUUCACAAGAGCAACAACGAUAUUCUAAGGGCAAGAAAACAGGUAAUCAAAAUAUUAGCUGCAGUAGUGGUUGUGUUUCUCAUAGCAUGGGGACCAAAGCUGAUUAUACAGGUUAUGCAGGAUAUGAAGCUUGAUAUAAUAUACACCCAAGCAGCAUUUUCAACACAGGUUGUUUUCAAUUGUCUGCCAUAUAUACAGUCUUGUCUUAAUCCAAUCAUAUAUGGAUUUAUGUCAAAGAACUUUAGAAGAAGUAUGAGUUUAGCUUGUAGACGAUACUGUAUCCUGUGCAGACUAUUUAGGUGCUUCAGACACAAAAAGAAAAAUAAUUUCAAUGACCUUGAAAAUGAUUCAAAGUACAGUAAUGGCUUGACAGUGCAAACAAGGAUCGUAUGUAAGACCAAUGGUUCGUCUGACGAAGACAAAUGUGACUCCACCUAUAUUGCAUAAAGAGAAACCCAUUUGUUUGGGUUAAUCAUAACCGACCGUGCGAGGGCUGUAUAGCCCGCCAAGGUCAUUAAUAACUUCCAUUUGUAACGUGAAAUGCAGAUGUGCAUAUGUCUCAAGACGUCAGUACCUGAUCUAUCCAUUUAAUGGUCAAUGGGAUAUAGACUUAAAAUAUUGGUGAACGUCAUAUACCAAUGUAAUUAACGAUACAGUAAAGGUUAUCUAAUGGAUUUUACUUGUAAGCAGUCGCUUUUUGAUUAACCAUCAACAUAGAGUAAAAUAUUACAAAUCGGAAUUUAAUGAUGAUGAUUCUUCCUAUCUUUGAUCUUUUAACCUCAAGCUGCAGGAUAGAAUAUAGUGAAAGUCAUUUUA